AUGGAAGAAUGUCAGCCCAUAGGGUGUCUUGGGGCUCUCCCUGGUCUUCAAACACAGGCAGCCAUGGCGAUCAGCAACAAAAAGUUGCAGAAAAUCAUGACCCUCCCCAUCAACCAGAUCUUUAGAUAUUUGCAGAACCGCUCGCGGGUACAGGUCUGGUUGCACGAACAAGCUGAUCUCCGGAUCGAAGGGCGGAUCCUCGGCUUCGACGAGUACAUGAACCUCGUCAUAGAUGAUGCCGAGGAAAUCAUGGUGAAGAAGAAGACCCGCCGCGCGAUUGGCCGCAUUCUACUGAAAGGUGACAAUAUUUGUCUGAUGAUGAAUACAGGCGCAUGA